UUGUGCCUUUCUCACAAGAUCCAAAAGAGUUAUUCAUGCCAGAAAAAGGUGUUCGACCUAUCCCCGCCUCAGUCAAGGAAAUGUUGCUUGCACCACCUCCCACUGUUGCUUCACUCGGAGAAGCAGCCAAAAAUAAGCUUGUUGAGGUCUUGUGCCACAUCGACCGUAUGUAUGUGAAAGUAAGCAAGGAGCUUUUCUCAACAAGAGAUGCAUUCAAAGACUUGAAACUUGGCAAGUGUCCUGUGAACGAAGGCACUUCGGAACAUUAUUACCUUCUGUACCUUCUAAAAAAUGACUGUGGAUUCAAGAGAGAGAGUACUGACGACUAUUUGUUCAUCAGUAUUGUGCUCCACUACAAGCCAACCACUCCAGUUAUACGAGAGAUGCCAUUUGACGUUCUCUUGCAGUGUAAAUACCCAAGGCAUUUUCACUCCUUCCAUCCUGGCAUCUCUAUCGAAUUGAGGAGGGGCACAGUUUACAAACCCCUCCGAUCAAAACAUGCUUAUGUAAUCAUUCCUCAAGAUGCAUCAGGAAAUGAAAUUGGCGGAGAUAAAACAUUUAUCCUGGGACAGCCGAUGUACUUUGAGGUGAAACGGGCAGACAACAUUUCAACGAACAAGAGGCUUUACAUCAACAAGUGUUUCAUGACAGCUCUCCAAGAUCCUUACUCUGAACCUAAAUACACAGUUAUUGACAACCAAGGUUGUAUGAUUGAUAGUAAGGUGACGAGACAGUCUGCGUUUCUCAAGGGCCCCUUAAACGUCCAAAAAUUCUCAGUGAGUGCCUUCAUUUUCAAAGACACGGCUGCUUCUUCAUCAUCACCGCAACUCUAUCUGCACUGUGAGCUCUCUAUGGGCGAUCCAACACCCACCUCCAGUUCAAAGGCUUGCAAUUACCAUCAAGCUACCAAAAACUUCUGGGAACAUGGUCUCAAGCCCGUCAUGGAAGGUUAGCUUCAGAGGUAAGGAUGGAAACCCGGACUUUGAGCUCAAGCCGAAAUCUGCUGUCUGGGGCACGUCCAACUUUGAGGACUUGAAGGACCAUCAUGACUUCCUUAGUGACUGGGAGUAAUUAUAUCUUGGAAAUAAAACUAUUCCACCUCA